AUGUGGUGUGACUACCACAAAGAACAUGGCCACACCUUGGCCCAAUGUCGCGAACUCAAACGUAUCCUACAUCAGUUGGCCGACGAGGGAAAACUGUCAAGGUUCAUCAAUCGGAAGGACUACGACGCGAAGGGAGAAGCAGAAAGGAGGCCUUGGAAUCAAAGAAGCAGAUCCCCCAAGAGGGACGAGGCUAGACGCGACAGUUCCAACACACAAGGAACCAUCAACAUGAUUUUUGGCGGCUACAUCGAAGAAUAUCCUACCAUCCGCGCCGCGAAAGACAGCGUACAUGCUUUGCUCAAAGGACCUCCAAAUACCAAAUCAAGUGGACCGAUCAUGAGAUUCGAUGCCGCUACCUCCCAACCGCUGCAACAACCACAUACUGAUCUUUUGGUGGUUACCCUCAAAAUUGGGCAAAUGAAGGUUAAGCGAGUACUGGUAGAUAUCGAAAGCACGACCGAUCUUAUAACCAUGGAGUGCCUAAGAAAAAUGAAGUUUGAAGAAAAACACCUACAACCCCUCGACAAACCUUUGAUCGGAUUCGGGGGAAAUCAAGUUAUUCCACUAGGCACCAUCAUACUCCCUAUACGAGUAGGGGAAAAAGACGGAAGCAGAACAAUGCCCAUACGAUUCACGGUGGUGGAUCUCACAUUCCCCUACAAUGCCAUCAUGGGGCUCCCACUCAUCAACAAGAUCAAAGCCGCAAUCUUUCCCCAUCAACUCUUGUUGCAAUUUGAGCAGGACGACGAACAAGUUGGCAUCCUCAAGGGAGAUCAGAUGACGGCACGUCAAUGCCUCGUCAACACCCUGAAGCGGGGAACUUCCGUCGUUCCCUUCAAAAGAGAGAGGAAAGAAAGGUCUCCAACCAUCAUGAGUGUGUAUAUGGACCAUCCCAACACACACGAAAGGCCCCACCCAGUGGAACGAUACGAGAAGGUAGAGGUAUUCGAGGGAAAACAAAUCAAAAUAGGGAAAUAUCUUCCAGAUGCGGUCAGGCGAGAUAUCAUUACCACCAUAGCUGAUUUCCGCGACAUCUUCGCUUUUUUCACAGAAGAGAUGCCUGACAUACCCACAAGUGUCGUGUGCCACAAACUCGAUAUAAGACCAGGCUACAAACUAGUAAAGCAGAAGCUGCGACAUCAAGGGAAAGAGCGAAUAGAGGCCGCCAAAGAAGUGGUGGAAAAAUUGCUGAAAGCCGGAUUUAUCAGGGAAUGCAAAUACUCCUAUUGGCUCUCUAACGUUGUUCUUGUCAAGAAGUCAAAUGGGAAGUGGAGGAUGUGCGUUGAUUUUACAUAUCUGAACAAGGAAUGCCCGAAAGAUGAUUAUCCUCUCCCCAAGAUAGAUCGUUUGGUGGAUUCCACGGCAGGCCACGCCCUACUGAGCUUCAUGGAUGCUAACGCAGGUUACCAUCAGAUCCCGUUAGCAACCGAAGACCAGCCGCAUACAAUAUUCAUUACAAAUGUCGGCGUAUACUGUUACAGAGUCAUGCCCUUUAGGUUAAAGAAUGUCGGAGCCACUUACCAAAGAAUGGUAAACAAGGUCUUCCAGUCCCAGAUUGGACGAAACUUGGAGGUAUACGUGGACGAUAUGAUCACAAAAAGCAAGCAGGCGUCUGAACAUGCCGCGGACCUCCGCGAAACAUUCAAAACCCUCCGGAGACACCAAAUGCGACUUAAUUCAGACAAGUGCGUAUUUGGGGUCACUAGAGGAAAGUGUCUUGGCUUUCUGGUGGACGAGAGAGGAAGCGAAGCAAACCCAGACAAGAUCCGAGCUAUUCAGGACAUGAAAUCCCCUACAUCCGUGAAAGAAGUCCAAAAGCUAACAGGAUGUGUGGCCGCCUUAGGGAGAUUUCUAUCCAAGUCCGCGGACAAAUGUUCGCCUUUCUUCAAAACCCUCAAACAAAGCAAGUUUGAAUGGACGAGAGAAGCUGAAGAAUCCUUCCGCCAGUUAAAAGAGCACCUGUCCUCUUUACCAAAACUAGUUUAA